AUGGGGAAAAAGAAGCAAGAAAUGUCUCAAGUGUAUGGCAACAACAACAAUGAGUUCAUAUUUGGAGAAAAUGGGGGUAGAGGAAAGCACCUCAGCUCAUUCUUGAAGAAUUUAUCAUUGACUGGAUCUGGAUCGUCUUCAACAUCAAAAUUGGCAGAUCAGGAAAUCAGCGGUAGAAAUUCCAUUGGGGAAUCACAACCAGAUCAUUCAUAUAAGGACAUUAAUAGCAGCAUUUAUGGAAAUUUUGGCUACAACGAUAGACCGGAAAGAUCUUCACCUAAGGAAAGAAUAUCAUCAUACUCACCAGCGGGUCUGGGUAGAACAUUGCAGAGAUCUACAAGUGGCCCAAUCAUUCCCAGUGGAUAUCUGAAUAUCAAUCAAAGCAAGGAUAGUAUUUCUAAUAUCAACACUAAUGGGCAUCGUUCUUCAUCCAAUUUUGGUCGCCGUCAAAAGUACACUGAUUUAGAUGAUGACUGGGAUGCUGAUCUUGGUGAAGUUCCAAAUAUCCAGCAACAGCAUUCAAGUCUGACUCUGAAUCAAAAAAGAGUCAUAUCAUUACAACCAAGUCCAAUGAUGGAUACGCUAUAUCCUGAUUUAACCAUAAUGGAUAAUAAUUCGAAUGCAAAGCUUACGAAUGGCCAAGGUUCAGGGGGCUUUACUUCACCCAAAAAAGAAUCCCUUGACGAACAAGAUUAUGUGGCCAAGCUAGAGAUGCAUAAAUUAAAUUCCUUGAACUCUAAGUAUCUUAAGUUUAGAAAGAUCUUCUCAAAUAAUAGUAUUGACUUACAAGAUCUUAGAAAGUUAUCGUGGAAUGGAAUACCAAUGGAUUUAAGAGCGAUCACAUGGCAAAUACUCUUGGGAUAUUUACCGACAAACAAGACAAGACAAUCUUCUACAUUGAAGAGAAAAAGACAAGAAUAUUUGGAGGGACUUAGCUCAGUUAAUCUGCAAAUUAACUUUAAGGAAGACUCCCUGAGCUCACAAUACAAUGCAAAUAUAUCGAACAAGGGCAGUAAUAGCAAGAGUGGUGGCAGUGAUAACAAUAAUUCCAAUAUUGUAGAUAAACAAUUGUAUCACCAGAUCAAUAUCGAUGUGAAAAGAACUAAUCCGAAAUUGAAACUUUAUUCCUUUGACACCACUCAGGAAUCUUUAAGGAAAAUCUUGUUCCUCUGGGCGAUCAGACAUCCAGCAAGUGGAUAUGUUCAAGGAAUAAACGAUUUAUGUACACCGUUUUAUCAAAUUUUCUUGGGCAAUUACAUCUGGCAAUUGCAGAAAGUGAAGACUGGUGGAGGAGGUGGCAGUGAUGAGGAUGUGGAGUUAUUCAUUCCUGGGCUCAUUGAUUCGACUGACUCCAAGGAACAGGAAUUGCUUCUGUCGCCAGACUUGAUGACAAUUGACAUCGAAAAGAAUUUCGAUCCUGCAAGGAUUUCCGAAAAUGUAAGAUCUAAGAUUGAAGCUGAUACCUAUUGGUGUUUGUCAAGAUUACUUGAAAAUAUUACUGACAAUUAUAUUCACCAGCAGCCUGGAAUAAUAAGGCAAGUUCAAGAUUUAAAAAACUUAAUUACCAAGAUAGAUUUGGAAUUAUUAACUCACUUUGAAAAGGAAGGUAUCGAAUUUAUUCAAUUUUCAUUCAGGUGGAUGAAUUGUUUGCUUAUGAGAGAAUUGUCCAUUGGUCUAAUCAUUAGAAUGUGGGAUACAUAUCUCAGUGAAUCUCCUCUAGGGUUUAAUAAUUUCCAUGUGUACGUGUGUGCAGCAUUCCUCAUAAAGUUUAGUGACGAAUUGAAACAUAAAGAUUUCCAGGAAAUCUUGUUAUUCUUGCAGAAUCCUCCAACGGAUACAUGGCAAGAGAGUGAUGUUGAGUUGAUGCUCAGUGAGGCCUUUAUAUGGCAGAGUUUAUAUAAGAAUGCUAGUGCCCACUUAAGAUAG